CUACAUGUUAUGGGUAAUUCCCUGUACCCUCUUGAAUGAUAAGCUUACACUUACGCUUACAGCCUACAUGAAACUGAUGAAUUAUUUAUAAUCCGCAAGUGAUUUAUUUUAUAUAUGGUUAUCCAACAGGUCACACUCCUCAAAUUAAGAUAGAUAUCUAGAAAUAAAAGUUAUUGCAAAUUUAAUGCUAUUACUACUAUUACUAUUAGACUAUUAGAGCAGUAGAGCGGUGUUUAAGUUUAAUGAAUGGGGGGGGGGGGUGGAAGGAUUAUUGAUUAUUCAAUCAUUUCAUUGUGAAAUAUAAUCAUAUUCUAGGAUCAUAUCAAUCACGUCUAUCAAUCAGCAAUUAAAUAAUUAAAAUGAUUGAUACUACACAUAUUUUAUGCUUACUUANAAACCUAAAAAAAAAAAAAAAAAAAAAGCACUAAACUAAACCUUAAAUAAGGGAUUACCCCCAGCCCCAGUCCAGUCACUUCAAGUAAGUGCUAGUACUACGUUAGUUAAUCCUGCAUUCAAAUUUAAUACUAGUUAAAAGUUAAAUUUAAUACUACAAUUUACAAGUCACUAGUGACAUUAUGAUUAACUAGGUACAGGUAGGCGAUAGAACUAAUAGAAGUUUAGACCAGGGGUUGCCAGCUUCGCUUCACAGGCCAUUUUUAUAGUGAGUUAGCUAUUCAUAGACUGUAUGUCAUUUAUUAGGGGCUGUCCAUGGAGUACCUUAUGCUAUUUUUGGAAAAAAUCCCUCCCCCCCCCUACCCCCGUAUAUUGCAAACUUUCAAAGAAAAAAAUUAACAACUUAUUAAAAUUUAAUCUAAAACACCUUUAACUAUUAAAUUGAUAAAAGUGGCAUCUUCUGUCAGAAGACAUCCAUCAAAACAGAAAGUUCAACAUCCCUGUCAAGUUCAGGUUUUACAUGUGUGAUAAAAAAAUUAGAAAUGUUUUAAAAACUACCACACCUUCUUAGACUCCCGUCCCCCUUCUGGACGUCCUCAUAGACCUAAUAAAUGAAGAUAAACACUGAAUAAAGGCUAUACAGAACUGUAUUAAUGUGCUAGGUUUUUUUAUCUUUUCUCUCCCUUACUUAAUGCCUUAACUUUUAAACAUCUAUUACCAUAUAUAUUUGUUGGGGGUUAGCGUUUGCCAGUGAUUAUUUGAUAGAAAAAAGGGUUCCCAUUCUGUCACUUAGAUGGGAAAGGAGAGGGGUUGGGAGGGAAGGAAUCGAAGGCUCCCGAUUGAAAGGGGGGAGAGGCUCGGUGAAAGUUUGGUGUAGCUUGACCUGGUCGGGUUUACACAAAUCCUUACUUUUCAGUGUGUUACUAAAUAGUAUUUUUGUUUUAUAACGUUUAUUUAAGAAUCGUGAUGAUUAAUUUGAAAGAAUUAAUGACAAUUUGUUUAUUCCAUUAUUCCUUUGCUGAACCCGUACAAGAAACUAACGUCACAUAUCUGAUUUUGUAACUUUCAUAAAAUAAUAAAGAACAGGAUUAGCUUUUUUUUUUAAUCUUUGAAAAAUCCUUGUGUUACAUCUGACAUGCCGCUGGCCCCAUUAUUUAACAGAUGGGCUGCAGGUUGGCCACCGCUGGUAGGGACUAGAGAGAGAGAAUAGCCUUGCAGCACUUACGACUUAUUAGAUUUACAUUUCCAUGAUAUGGGCUGAGGCAUAUCUUAGAAUCUAUCUCAUCAUAAUCUUUUGUCUAGCCCUAAGAAAUUAUAAGUCAUAUUAUAAAUUAAAUUUUAAUAUAAUUUUUUAUUUUCAAUCAGCCAAAUAAUAAGCUAACAUUAGUUAGACCUAGACCUGUUUUAUAAAUUAUGUUUUAGGCUCCAUGACAAUACUCAGUAGUCAGUUCACGCUGUUAUAUAUGCCAACAGUAUUAUCACUUUAGACCUGUACUUACUUAACUUAGUAUAAUUCAAGUAGAGGCCUACGGGUAGGUAUUACUAUUCAAUAGAAAAGAGAAUGUUAUAAUUAUUCAGUUCAUUUACACUAACUUACUUAUCAAUAGUCUAUAGAAAAGACAGUAUAGACAGCUAUAGUAUAGAAAAGUCAGUAUAGACAACUAAAGUACCGGUGUGCAACAGCCAGUAUAGACAACUGAAAUACCGGUAUAGAAAAGUCAGUAUAAACAACUAUAGUAUUUUAUUUUUUUCAAAGUACAGAAUGGCAGUGCAAGUUAAUCCGCCAGUGUUUUUUGAGAAUGGUGAGCGACAGUCUGGUGGUUUUUUCCGUGGCAUAUUCACUAUAGGCUUUGAUCACAAAUUUAUCUGUCGUCAUUGUGGCCGCAUUCUUCGUGAUCCUGUGCAAAGUCAGUGUGGACAUAGAUUUUGUAGAAGUUGCAGAGAUGAUAUCCUGAAGUGAGUAUCUUAAAAUUAUUCUGCUUAUAUAUUUGAUUUUUUUUUAAAGUUCUUUUACCGUUGCAGUAAAUUGUACAACAACAAAAAUUGCCAUCAAGAGCUGUAUUAACUCUGUUCUGCUUCUAGUAUGUCACUUAGUUACAACAUAGCUAAAUGGAGCUAAUGAAUUAAAUACAAUUAUUACUUUCUAUUUACUCUAUGGUCUAAAAGAAUAUACAACAGUUUUCACCCAGUUUUCAAAUUGAGUUCUAUGACUUAAUGACUGCUCCACUUGUAGUGUAAGAGAUCACUUGGUGCUAUAAUUUGUCUUCAUUUAGUUUACUGACAUUUUAUUCACUAGUACUAAAUCAAAGCUAUGACCAGGGGCUAAGACAAACACACUGCACCCAGAUGGCAAGGCACCUGAGAAUGUUUAACAGACCCCGACAUUUUCAAAUUCAGUUUAUACACACAAAAAAAUAGUUCCAAAAUAAAUAUCCAGGAUCUUACAUUUCACUAAAGAGGCUGACCCCUGAAUUAUUUUUAGUUUUUCAGCACAAGACAAUGCAAAUUAUUAUGAAUUUCUAGAAAAAAUUAGAAAAUGGCCUGGUACUGUUUAUUGCCAGUUAAAUUAACUAUUCAAUAUUUUCAUUUCUAUAAUGUUAUUGUCAUAAAUUUCUACCUAUUGAUUCCCAUUUCCAAGUUGACCUCAUUUUGGCUUUUCAUUAUCCGUUGUAACAUUUGGUCACAAAUAAAAUGCCCUUCUUUUCUGUUAAUUGAAGAAACCAAUGUGGUUGAGAGCUAACUCCAUCUUUUCCCCCAAAAUAAAUUGUCCCUCUUGAUACUUAUGUCAUUAUUAAAAAAUGGAUUUGUUUGUUUUAAAUGGUUCUAGGGACAAUAGAACUGUGGCCUGCCCGGGAUGCUUAGAAGACCAAGUCGAUGAGCAUGAAAGGGGCACUUUAAACAUCAAUGAAGUAACAAUUUUGUUAACUUUAACUAAUGUUUAUAUUUAGCUUAUUAGCAAGUUAUUGUCAAGGCCCCAUGGUACAAUGACAAGGUCCUGUGUUAAAUAUCAAGGCCCCAUGUUAUAAUUUCAAGUGGUUGUGGGUUUAAGUGUUUUGCCCAGCUAUUUGUAAAAAUAAGUGUAAUCUGGGGAGGACUGCGUUCAAGUUAAAGCAAUAUGAAAUAUAACACACAGAGAAGGGGGCAAGCUGAAAGAUCACAAAUGUAAACAACAAAGGUGUCGACUAAAAAGCUGUUGUGCUAUAUUUCAUACUGAUAAAAAUAGCUUGGUGGAAGUGACCAGUUGUAAAAUAAGGUAAAACAUGAGUAGAAAAACCUCUGACAUCAAAGUCGGAAUUCAGCAGCUCCACUGGCCUAUGAUUAAACAUCGUCUACACAAAAAUAACUUUGGCCUUACUAGCUAAGUUUGGACUGCAAGAGUACAAACCCAGGACAAAACCAUUGGGGAUUUUUUUAUUUUGAUAACAUCAAUUUCUCUUAUUGUGUUAGAAGACAAAUAACAUGAUUUUGUAGUUGUAGAUUAAGUUGAUGUUAAAAAUAUAUUUUCCCAGAUGUUUCCAGACAAUGCUGUCAAGAGAGAAAUGUCCAACAUGGCAGCUGCUUGUGUCUUCCCAGGCUGCAGUUGGAAGGGGAGAUUUAAAGAAUAUGAGGUUUUCUAUUUAUCGAUCUUAUUUUAAACAAUAACAAUUUUUGUCAUUUGCAACCAUUUCUCUUGAAAAAUAAAUGUUUUAAAACAAAAUAGGUCCAAAGGUUAAAAUGAUUCCAAAAUAAAGAUUACUGAAUUAUUUUUUUAUUCUUUUCAUUUGGGAAAAACAAAUUGUACAGUAAAUCCAUGUAACUUUAAUUCUUGUUUAAAAAAUCUACUUUAUUCAUCUUGAAAACAUUGCACAUUCAAGGGAAAAGAACCAAAAAUUGGGAAACAUAAAGUUUUAAAAUUUACUUUCGAAGUAUUGUAGUGUUCUUCCUUAGGAAACCUGACAUUUUUGGGGCAGCCAGAUUUUGGAGUAAGAUUGUACAAUAUUUUUAAAAAGCGCAAAACUAGAUUGUGAGUGUUUAGUAAAAAAAAAAUAUGCCUUUUAUGGGGGACAUUUAAUAAAAUAUCUGCCUGUUUGGGGGACAUUUAAUAAAAUAUCUGCCUGUUUGGGGGACAUUUAAUAAAAUAUCUGCCUGUUUGGGGGGCAUUUACUAAAAUUAUGGAGAGGAAUUCAGAGAUAUUUCAAUGCUAUGAAAAUAAGGUUCUAGACAAAGUUUGGUUACAGAUAUAUUCUUGGUAUAAAAAAAACUAGAGCACAUAUAAUAUUUGCUUUGUUUUAUUUUAUGAAAUUAAUGUCUCUUUUGCUAAUUUAAAAUUUGGUUUCUACCUGAAUAAUAACUCCAAUGUAUGGUCCAGGCACACGAGAGGAGUUGUCAAUUUAGGCAACUGGCCUGUGCUCUGUGCAGUCAGCCUGUCGUUGACGGACACAUGGAUGAACACCGACGCACCACCUGCCAACAUCGUGUUGUCACCUGCAGCCACUGCAAUGAACAACUGGUGUUUGCCAGAUUGGGUGUAAGUGAUAGAUUUGAACAAUUCCAUGAUAGUAUGAUAGAUCAAGAGAGACAGAACGUCAUGUUUUAUAGAAAUGCUCCCUUACAUUUUCUGCCUGCCUUUAUUUUAUGGUUUAAAUUUUUUUUAAAAACUUGUGCAGAUGUAGAAAAAGCUGUUUUUUCAAUAAUGAAUUGUAAACAAUCUCUUUUGAUUCAAGUUUGAGUGAAAUGUUUAUAAUCUGCUUGACUUCCUCCAGGAACAUAAUGAACAGUGUCACUUAUUGCCUUUGUUUAUAAUCUGCUUGACUUCCUACAGGAACAUAAUGAACAGUGUCACUUAUUUCCUUUGACAUGUGACCUCUGUGGCCAACCUUGUAUUAAAAGAGAGGAGGUCAGUCUGUUAAUGAUAAGAUAUGUUUACUAAUUCUUAAUUAUUUUUAAAUUUUUCUAUUUCUCUGUUACUGAACCCAAUGGGCUUAAUUUAUCAUUAUAAAUGAAAAUGGUAGCUGGUUAAUAUACAUUCUGUUACAUAAAUUGUUAUGAUGUGGUGGCAUUUGGGAUGUUGAUGUGACAUCAUGACCUAGAAGAGGUCAUAUUUGAUGUGACACUAUGAGGUUGGGGAGGGUUCAUUGUCGAUGUGGCAUCAUGAGCUAGAAGAGAUCAUAUUUGAUGUGACACUAUGAGGUUGGGGAGGGUUCAUUGUCGAUGUGACACCAUGAGCUAGAAGAGGUCAUAUUUGAUGUGACACUAUGAGGUUGGGGAGGGUUGAUUGUCGAUUUGACACCACAGAUGUAUGCUUGUCCAUUCCACAAAUAUCCAAAUUUUAAAUCUUAGCGUUGCAUUUUCUUCCAAAAUUCCAUGAAAUAAAAUGUGAUAAUGUUUGUGUGUUGAAUGUUUACCAGAUGAAAAAACAUAAAGAACUCAUUUGUCCGAAGCGCUCAAUGAAUUGCCCAAUGGGGUGUGCAGAGAAGGUAUGUGUUGCUCAAUUUCUCAAGAUUAGACAAACAUAGUAUUUGUAGGCCAUGUGUGAAUAUUUUGACACAAAUUUAUUAUUAUCUAAAUGAAGUGGUAAUUUCGGUAAUAAUGUUAUUUACCUCUGCCAUCCAAAUUGUCUUGUGUUACUUGUGUCUUGAAUGUUUCGACCAUUGAAAAGGAGCCUCUGUGAAAUAUUUCAAAAUUAUUGAAAAUUAAUUUAUUAUAUUUACAAUUUCACUAUAAAAUUUUCAGAAAAACAUUUUAUUUUGUUCAGGUUUGCAAGACAAUAAAAAAUGUUAGGAAUAAAACUGUAAUUUUUUUUUCUAUAAAAGGGUGUGCAUUUUUCGAGGUCAGAUUUGUACAUAAAUUUAAUGUUUUCCUAAAAGUUUCCACAAGACAAGUUCUCCGAGCACCUGAGCAAACUGAUAGAGCCUCAUUUGGCCUGGACUGUUCAGAGGCUAAUGCAAAUGGACCUGGCACUGAAAGACACGAUCGGAGCACGACCCAAUCUACCUCAGGCAGAACUAGCGCACAUCAUGGAAAAUAUAAAAAACAUUGAAAAAAAGGUGCCAUGUUUUGUGUUACUUGUAUUUUUAGUGCUACAAGUUCAUCAUGAUGUGGUUAGAUUUCAAUAUGUUUUAGAGCUACAAGUUCAUCAUGAUGUGGCCAGAUUUCAAUAUGUUUUAGUGCUACAAUUUGGUCAUGAUAUGGCUACAUUUCAAUAUAUUUCAGUGCUACAAGUCUGUCUGAAUGAAAAAAAUGAAUCAUUGUCAUACUUAAGAAUAUCUGAAAUUUAAACUAUUUGAUUUGUUGACAAAAGUGAAUGAUUAUAAAUGAUCCACGUAGCCGUAAUUGUUCCAAUUGUGUUGGCCGUAGGUUGUGCUCUUUGAGAGACAGGUGCAGCAGAUCAACCAGGUGAGAUCAUCAGGUGUAGGAUUAGCUGCUGGUGAAGACAGCGUGAGUCUAUAGUUAUUACAUUUAUGAUAUAGCAUCCUUUAACGUGAGUCUAUAGUUAAUACAUUUAUGAUAUAGCAUUCUUUAAAUUGCAACCCCUCUCAGUAAAUCUCCAUUACUAACUUUCUUUCAAAAUCUUUUGAUUGCCAUAGAAGUCAUCUAUAUGUGAUAUAUGCCCAAAAGUCAUAUGUCAUCUCCCCUUCCCCCUGUAGCACCCAUAAACCCUCCCAUAUGCAUAUGUAUAAAUGAGCCUCUCAAGCAGAGCUAUGUGAUUCUAUUUAUAUUAAGUUAUGGCAUACUGCUAAACCAUGUUAAUAAAGCCUAUCAUGGAUUUUCUUUUUUUUUUGGCAACCGCCACUAGCUGUUGAGCGUUGCGAGUAUCAAAACACCUUCAUUAUAUUUUUAUUAAUUGACAUUCAUUGAUUCAGCUGAAUGAAAUAAUUAAUUUAUAAAUUUGGCCACCUGCACGGAGCCAAACACACAUUGGACUAAAUAGAUCAUUCUGAAACAAUGUGGGGAGUUAUAUACACAGUGGACUAAAUGGAUCAUUUUGAAACAAUGUAGGGAACCAAACACACAGUAGACUAAAUAGAUCAUUCUGAAACAAUGUGGGGAGCUAUACACGCAGUGGACUAAAGUUGUCACUAGACUAACUAGAUAAAUCCCAAACAAUGUGGGGAUAUUUAUAUAACUUUCUUAUGGAUUGUCAGAAUUUCAGGAUAAUUUUGCAGGAAGUUUGCAUUUUAACAUAUGCACCCCUGCGAAAACACUUCUCCUGCCACGCAUAUGCACUUGUACUUGAACAAUGUGGGGAUAUUUAUAUAACUUUCUUAUGGAUUGUCAGAAUUUCAGGAUAAUUUUGCAGGAAGUUUGCAUUUUAACAUAUGCACCCCUGCGAAAACACUUCUCCUGCCACGCAUAUGCACUUGUACUUAAAAUCUCCUAAAUUAACCAACUCCCAUCUCGCCAUACUUCCUCAGUUCAUAAUGUAAGUAAGGCCGCUAAAAUUAGUAUUAUUAUUCCUUAGUCAAUUAAUGAGGAAAAGAAGACUUUUAAGUUACAAUAACUAUUUUCACAUACAUAGAAAGGUUUUAACAUUUUUCAAGUACCUGUUACUUGCUUCCUAUUUUUUCCUGUUAUCAGCAAGGGUCAGCAGCUUUGAAGCUAGUAUCUUUGAUACUUGUAGCUUUGAUACCAGUAGCUUUCAGGCCUGCAGCUUUGAGACUAGUAGGUUGGAGGCCAGUAGCUUUGAGGCCAGUAGCUCCUGAGGCUAGUAGCUUUGAGGCUAGUUAAAUGUAUGUAACAAAAAAUUAUUUAAACGUAUAAACUGGCCAUUUUCAAAUAAAUAUUUCAGAUUUCCUCUGAGAUGAUGGCUAAAGUGAGCCUGAAAUUGGUUGAGCCUAUUCUUGGUGUCAUCCAUAAUGAAGUGGAUAGAGCAAUCCAUGCCCUGCAGACAUUGGAAGGCCACUAUAGACAACAGCAGGCACAGGUUGGUCAUAAUCUUUCUAACACAGGUAUACACUCUAUUUCAAUCAAAUGUCUGCUAUCCACAUAUUAAUCACAUGUCUGCUAUCCAUCUAUUAAUCACAUGUCUGCUAUCCAUCUGUUAAUCAAAUGUUUGCUAUCCACCUAUUAAUUACAUGUCUCCUAUCCAUCUAUUAAUCACAUGUCUGUUAUCAAUCUAAUAAACAAAUGUCUGCUAUCCAUCUGUUAAUCACAUGUCUGCUAUCCAUCUGUCAAUCACAUGUCUGCUAUCCAUCAGUUUAUCACAUGUCUGCUAUUCAUCAGUUAUUCACAUGUCUGCUAUCCAUCAGUUAUUCACAUGUCUGCUAUCCAUCAGUUAUUCACAUGUCUGCUAUCCAUCAGUUAUUCACAUGUCUGCUAUCCAUUAGUUAUUCACAUGUCUGCUAUCCAUCAGUUAAUCAAAUGUCUGCUAUCCGUCUGUUAAUCACAUGUCUGUUAUCCAUCUGGCCUCAUGCAAAUUUUUUAAAUUUGGGUUCACUUUCGAUUUUGUUGUUUGUGGUAUUACAUUGUCAUCGCUAUUUCAGUUUUGAUGUUGACAUUGUGAUAAAAGUGAAUCUGAGGGAAAUUUCAGCUUUGUCAAUUUGUGUUAAUUAGAUGCCAUCGAAGAAACAAAAUAUUUUGUAUAGACUCGACGCCAAUUGUAUUGCCUUUACUUUGUGUAUUGUUUCCACGUUAUAUAAAGCUGCUUUUUUUUAUCAAAUGCAUUCAUAGUUUACUGUCUGUCCCUGAAGAAAUCGCUGAAUCAAUAAGACAAUUGGUGCUGAAACAUUAAUCAAGGCUAAUCUUCCUGUCAGGUAAUAAUGCAUUAUUCAAUGUCAAGGCUAAUCUUCUGUUUUAGAUGGAUGAGAUUGAGACUCAGCUGCGUAUGCAGCAACAACAGCUUCAACUGAAGGAUGCAGCACUGGCAGAUCUGGAGAUGAGGCUUGCUGCACAAGAGAUGGCUCGCCAUGACGGAACUAUUUUGUGGAAGGUGUCCGGCUUUGAGGCUAAGAAGCGAGAUGCUGUAAGUGGGCAGACAACCAGUCUCUACUCGCCAGCUUUUUAUUCUGGGCCAGUAAGUUUUUGUGCUGUUGUCAAAAUUAAUAGAAAAAUAUUAUUGUUAAGUUACAGAACGUAACAGCGUAACACUCGAAAUAGGUUCUGUUCAAUGCUUAUAAAGUAAUAUCUUUAAACAGGAAUAUAGUUAUUUAUGAUUGGUUAUAGGACCGUCAUGUAUUUUCUUAUAUUUGUUGAUAUGAAUUUAUAUUUAUUGGACAGACUUGUGUUUGUGAAUUCAUAUUUAUUGGACAGACAUGUGUUUGUGAAUUCAUAUUUAUUGGACAGACAUGUGUUUGUGAAUUCAUAUUUAUUGGACAGACAUGUGUUUGAUCAUAAAUGUCCAACCGGCUGACACAGUUUUCCGCCAUUUUUGUUUAAAAGUUACAUUUUUCUCACCAGUGUGGCUAUAAAAUGUGUGCCAGGAUUUAUCCUAACGGCGAUGGCAUAGGGAAAGGUUCUCACAUCUCUUUGUUUUUUGUGAUCAUGAGGGGGCAUUUUGAUGCUCUACUCCCGUGGCCGUUUUCACAGAAGGUGAGAGUGACCUAAACAAAAUCUUCAUAUUUCAACAUUAUAAUUUCUAUUUAGCAGUUGUUAGAACCUGUUUUCAAAUAAAUUGUGGGGUGUCAUCUAUCAUUGGGGGUGGCAUCAUCUGUCAUUGACGGUGGUUUCAUCUGUCAUGGAGGGUGGUUUCAUCUGUCAUGGAGGGUGGUGUCAUCUGUCUUUGAGGGUGGUGUCAUCUAUAAUUGAUGGUGGUUUCAUCUAUCAUUGUGGAACGUUUCUAGGUGACUCUGAUGAUGAUAGACCAAAACCACAAGGAACACAUCGUGGAUGCCUUCAAGCCCGACCAAACGAGCUCAUCGUUUAAGGUAGUUAGUUAUAAGCCAGACAUUUAGCACAGACCUUACUGCUAUCCUAGGCUGUCUUUCUGUUAUUUACUGCUAUGCUACACUGUCUUUCUGUUAUUUACUUCUAUUCUUGACUGGCCUUCUGUUACUUGCUGCUAUCCCAGUCCGUCCUUCUGUUAUAUGCUGUUAUCCUAGUCUUGCCUUCUAUUAUUUACUGCUAUCUUAGUCUGUCCUGUUGUUUACUGCAGGAGAAGGAAAAUUAAUAAUUCAAGAAGAUUAUAUUAUAUUUGGCAUUUUAAACAUGACGCUAAAAAUGACCUUGCGCAAGGGAAGAAGCACAAUAAGGGGCUCUAACCAAGAGUGAAAAAUUUUUGUUUUUAAAUAUUAUUAUCUCUCCUGACCGUUCAAGCUCUACUUACCUUUAGUUAAAUUAACCCUUGCUCCUCAUCCACAAUUGUAAUGGUAGCCCUUAUAUUCAUACCAGCGUCCAACAUCGGAGAUGAAUAUAGCCAGUGGUUGUCCACUCUUCCUGCCCCUUGACAAGCUCCACAACCGAAUGUUUGGUUACCUGCGAGAUGACACAAUUUUUGUUAAGAUCAUUGUUGACACUGAUGGCCUCGAUCGAUACACAGAAAUGAAUCCGGGGCGUUUUGGCACAAGUUAUAUACCCUAGUCUUAAGCUUUUCCCUCUGACCUAGAAACACUCGAAUCUGUUCUGGCUUUAAAGCAAAAAUAUUUUUUUUAUAAGACUGAGCUUUUAAUUUUGUUUAAAUGUUUUAAGAGCAUAAGUAUAAUUUGUCCAUAUGUACAAAAGAAAUGUAAAAAUACCAUCUUCUGGCUAAAAUCAACAUUGACACCAACAUCAAAACAUACAAUAGACAUUUCUAAUGAGAAUGUCACAAAUACCAUUUUGGUUGGUAGCAGGCUGUGACCCUUACGUUGGUUCAGGCUAUAUCACUCUUCUUGGUAGCUGGCUAUGGCACUUUGGUUGGUAGCAGGCUGUGACCCUUAUGUUGGUAGUAGGUUAUGUCACUUCUUUGGCAGCAGGUUAUAAGUAACAGAUGCCUAACCUAGAGCAGUGGUUCCCACCUGUGCUCCACAGAGUCCUGAAGGCUCCACAUGCACCUCUUUGAUGCUCCAGGCUACUCCUAAACACUCUCAACUUGUAAUUCAUAGGAUCCCAAAAGAAAUCGAUUCUGAACAGGUUGGGAACCACUGACCUAUAGUAAUUGUGAUCUCACCUUGAAAAUGAAAAAUGGAACAUUUUAUAGAAAUUAAUGCAAACAAUCGUAAAGCUGUACCAAUAAACAAAGCUGACAGGGCACUCAUUUCAAUGUAAAAACCAAAUCAGUUUAAUAGAAACUGUUACUUAGGCCGGUAUCGACAUGGAUUGACUAUCAUCUUGUCUUAAGUUAAAGUUAAGUACCCAGAAUUGUGUAUGAAUCCCCAAAGUCAAAUCAAGUCAUCUUAAAAAUGUGACAAGUGGUGCAGAUUUUUUACACACAAGUGGUGCACAUUUUUACACAUAAGAGAUACUGACCAAUACGAUGAAAAUUAUUUCUUUGCACACAAAACGCUUUUACAAAAUUUUGAAAAUUUUUAAGAUUACUAAAAUGGAAAUGCAUUCACAAGUCACUCAUGAUUGAUUACAUAGUGAUCAGACAGAUAUCAUUAUUUGCUGGUUGUAAUAAAAGGGGUUGAAAUGACAAGGUCAUUGUUUACUGGUUGUUACGCAGAGGUUAAAAUGACAAGGUCAUUAUUUGCUGGUCGUAACACAGGUGUUGAAAUGACAAGGUCAUUAUUUACUGGUGUUACGAAGGGGUUGAAGUGACAAGGUCAUUGUUUGCUGGUUGUUACGCAGAGGUUAAAUGACAAGGUCAUUGUUUGCUGGUUGUUACACAGGGGUUGAAGUGACUAGGUCUGCUAAGUUUAAAACAAAAUUGACAUAAAUUUACAUUCUAAAAAUGUUAUAGUCUAGUCUUUUUUAUCAAAAAAAAAUAUAAAUGGGCUAAUUUAAAGCUUUAAAAAAAAAUUAAUUAAAAAAAAUUGGAGCAAUGAUAAAGUAAUGGUAAACUUUAAUGUUGGUCAGUCUUCAUGUUUGUCUCCUUACAUAAUUUAAA